AUGGUGAAAAAAUCACCAUUUGCACCGAUUCCGAUUCCGUCGUGCAAUGUUCUCUCCUUUCUCUUCCCGCCGGAUUCACCGUUGCACUCUUCUACGAAGCCUAUAUGGAUCGAUGCGGCAGACCCGAGUGUUCAUCUUUCCACAGGAGCUGCAUUAGGCUGGAUCAAGCGUCUAGGUUCUGGCCUUGAAAACCUCCGUGACCCGACUACUGGCGAUCAAGUUGUCAAGAGAGGCGAAGUGGUGCUUAUAUUUAGCCCAAACCAGAUAUUUGUGCCAGUUGCAUAUCUAGGUAUUGUUGGUUCAGGGCGCAUUUUUAGUGGAAUCAACCCAGCAUACAGUGUUAAUGAGGCUGUAUACCAAAUGAACAAUACGGAGGCGAAGGUCAUCCUUGUCCAUCCAUCCCUCCUUGAAACAGCCGUGGCAGCGGCCACAGAAGCAGGGAUCCCGACAGAACGCUUAUUCCAAUUUUCAGAGACUGAAGUUGCUACCAGAAAGGGCGUGCGGGACUGGCGAGCGUUGUUAGCUAGUCCCGAAGCCUCUCGUAACUAUCGAUGGUUAGAACUAAGUGAGACUGAAAGCGCAAACACUGUUGCAACAAUCAACUAUUCGUCUGGCACUACUGGUCUACCUAAGGGUCAAUACGGCCCAGAAGGGCCCCUUCAGCAUAGAUGGAUUGGGUUUUUGCCCCUUUACCAUGCGUACGGACAGAUGAUGACGAUUCUCCACGCCGUACGCAAUCAAGUGCCUAUCUACCUGAUGAAAAAAUUUGUGUUCGAGGACUAUCUUCGUGUCAUACAAGACUAUAAAAUCACCUACCUGCACGUGGCACCGCCGGUCAUGGUCAUGCUUAGCAAGCGGCCAGAAACUGCCAAGUAUGAUCUGAGCAGCGUAGUUGAAAUAUCGUGCGGCGCCGCUCCAUUGUCACGGGAGCUUCAGAAUGAGGUCGCGAAAAAGUAUGGUGUUAGCGUUAAGCAAGGCUGGGGGAUGACCGAAGUGACCACCGGUGCUAUUCAUGUUCCCGGAGGAGUGGAUGACAAGACCGGAAGCGUUGGGGUACUCGACCCAAAUUGCGAGUGUAAACUCCUUGAUGAUAAUGGAAACGAAGUGCCAGAGGGCGAACCUGGAGAACUAUACGUACGGUCCCCUAACGUGUCAAUAAGAUACUGGAAAAACGAGGCCGCCACCCGAGAGACCAUGUUGCCCGAUGGCUGGCUUCGAUCGGGUGACAUUGCCAUUUGCCGUGGCGAUUGGUUCUGGAUUGUUGACAGGAAAAAGGCGAGUAAAAAGCGACCUUUGUUGCCUGUAAACUAUCAAACUAACGCCAGGAGCCAGGAACUUAUCAAAGUGAAUGCACUCCAAGUAGCUCCUGCAGAGCUCGAGGCCGCCUUGCUUGAAAAUGACGAUAUAGCUGACGCAGCUGUUGUUGGCUUGAAAAUGAACGACGAGGAAUUCCCUCGAGCGUAUGUGGUGUUGAAAGAGAGUGCAAAGCAACGCAAGAAUCCAUUAACCCCUGAGCAAAUCCAGGAGUGGAUAAAGCCGCGGGUUGCUAAGCACAAGUGGUUAACAGGCGGAGUCGCGCUCAUCGAUGAGGUGCCUAAGCUUCCGAGCGGCAAGAUUGUCAGGAAGGUCAUGAAAGAAUGGGCCGCGCGCGACGCAGCUCGACUCCAGGGAAUAUCAAGAGCAAAAUUGUAG